AUGCAGGUUGAUAUUUUAAGCAGCAUGAGACAUCCACACAUGAUUAUCCUGCUGGGAGCAUGCCCUGAGUAUGGAUGCCUUGUGCAUGAAUUCAUGGAAAACGGCAGCCUAGAAGAUCGUCUCUUUAGGAAAUAUAAAACUCCUCAAAUCCCCUGGAGAGCUCGAUUAAGAAUAGCUUUUGAAAUUGCAACAGCAAUUCUUUUUCUUCACAAAACAAAACUAGAACUACUAGUGCAUCGUGACCUGAAACCUGCAAACAUUCUUUUAGACCAUAAUUUUGUGAGUAAAAUCAGUGAUGUGGGUUUGGCCAGGCUUCUUCCAUCACCUAUAGCAAAUAAUGUUUCCCACUAUCACAUGACAGCGGCAGCUGGUACAUUUUACCAUAUUGAUCCAGAGUAUCAGCAAACAGGAAUGUUGGUUGCUUACAGCAAAACCUCCAACGGGCUUUCCUACCAUGUUCAGGAUGCUAUUAACAAUGGAACAUUCCCAGAUAUGCUUGACAAAUCACUCACAGAUUGGCCUGUCAAAGAGGCUUUAUCUCUUGCAAAACUAGCAGUGAAGUGUUGUGAGUUGAGGAAAAAAAAUAGACCAGAUCUUGCUUCUGUUGUUUUGCUAGAGCUGAAGAGGCUAAGAAGUGUUGCCCUGGAAAAUGAAGUUGUUGAACAUGAGACGAUCAAUACCACUAUGCAGUCCUAUUGA